AACUGAUGACUUGUACUUUGCAACUUCCUGACCAAAACAUCCAGCUGAAGCGGGGGGGGGAAAUCAAUGGAGCAUCUAGAUUGGCAAGUACUCACCAAGAACUCUUCAUACCCAAGUAGCUCCCAUAAGCAUUCCUAACAAGUGACUAUUAGAUUUAUUUAUUUGAUUUUUUUACCGCCCUUCACCAUAAGAUCUCGUGGCAGUUCACAAGAUAAUAAUACAUGGUAAAGCAAAAUAAAUAGUUCAAACAACAAAGCAAUAACAUACCCCUCCCACAAACACAUUUAAAAGACAGUAGAAGAUUAUUCAGACAGUGGCCUGGAUGAAAAGGAAUGUUUUUGCAUGAUGCCUAAAGAUAUUAUUAUUUUUAUUUGUUUGUUUAUUUAUUUAUUUAUUUAUUUAUUUAUACAUACCCCACCCAUCUGGCUGGGUUUCCCCAGCCACUCUGGGCGGCUUCCAACAAAACACUAAAAUACAAUAAUCUAUUAAACAUUAAAAGCUUCCCUAAACAGGGCUGCCUUUAGAUGUCUUCUAAAAGUUUGGUAGUUCUUUUUCUCUUUGACAUCUGAUGGGAGGGUGUUUCACAGGGCUCUUAUAUGCCACUACCAAGAAGGCCCUCUGCCUGGUUCCCUGUAACUUGGCUUCUCUAGCGAGGGAACCGCCAGAAGGCCCUCGGUGCUGGACCUCAGUGUCCGGGCAGAACGAUGGAGGUGGAGACGCUUCUUCAGGUAUACUGGGCCAAGGCCAUUUAGGCUUUAAAGGUCAGCACCAACACUUUGAAUUGUGCUCGGAAACGUACUGGGAGCCAUAUAUAUCGAAGGUGCCAGAUGAACCUCCCUGGGGAGAACAUUCCACAAAUUGGGAGCCACUGGAGAAAAGGCCCAUUCCUGUACUGCCACCCUCCAGACCACUUGUGGAGGAGGCACACGAAGAAGGACCUCAGAUUAUGAAUGCAGAGUCUGAGUCGGUUCAUAUCCUCUCUCUUGACUUUCACUUAUUGAUAAGUAUCGAUUCUCAGAACAAUUCAGCUAAUCAUUCACCACCUCACAACUGAUGGCCAGUAUAGGAUUAAACCUUCUGGAGGCCCCCAGGCAGUCAAAAUCUCAGGGACCCCCUCACAGUGAUGUAGGUUUCUGAGUCAAUAGGGGUUUCUCUUCCAAAUUCUUUCAAGAUCAAGUCAAUAUUAUUUGGAUCCGUUGUCACAAGAACCCUAAAAGGUGUGGGGGCCUAUAGGUCAGUGCCUACUCUGCCUAUUUGUUAAUCUGGCACUGCCUAUGGCUUGCCACCUGCUUCCAUAGUUUCACAUAAAAUUUUGGCUUCCGCUCAUGCUAGGAAGCAAGUUUCCCCAAAGCGUUUUUAAAGACUACUGAACAUAGAGAUAGCUGUGCACAUGGGACCCAAUCCAGCACUUUUCAGUCUCAUUGAUUCUAAUGAAAAUAUUUAAGCACAUGAUUAACUCUUCCAUUCAAACCCAUGCUUUUUAAAAAGUGCUUAACUUUAAAGGCAGAGAAAUAAUUUUGCUUCCCCAUCCAUUACAAGCUUCCUCCUGGAGAUGCGAGAUUGUAGCUCAGUCUCUCUUGCAUGUCAAAAGUCCCAGUUUCGAUGCAUCUCCAGGCCAAAUGAUCUGGUAGUAAGUGAUGGGAAGAUCAUCUGCCUGAGAUACUGGACAACUGCUGCCAGUCAGAGUAGACAAUACUGAACCAAAAAAGACAAAAUAGCUUGGUUAAAGGUACAUUCUAAGAGUAUGUCUGUCCUUUUGAGGACAGAAUUGUUUGUCUGAAGUAAAUAAGCAACUACCCCACAUGUGCCUACUCAACUGCUUCAGUGAACAGAACCAGCACUACAGUGGUACCUUGGUUCUUAAACUUAAUCCAUUCCGGAAGUCCGUUCCAAAACCAAAGCAUUCCAAAACCAAGGUGCACUUUGCCAUAGAAAGUAAUUGAAAAUGGAUCAAUCCGUUCCAGACUUUUAUAAACAACCCCUAAAACAGCAAUUUAAUAUGACUUUUACUAUAUAAUGAGGCCAUUGAGCCAUAAAAUGAAAGCAAUAAUCAAUGUACUGUACUAUAAAAUAAAUAAGACAGUAUUGUAGAUGAUAAAAAUUAAGAUUAUUUUUCCCCCCUCACCUGCACUGAUGAUAGUCAUUGUUUGGAUAGGCGGCUUUUAUCCAUUUCCGCAGUCACACAAUCAAUCAAUCAGUAGCUGAACUGGGUUCCACACAGUCACAAAAACAAAUUAACCGAAAAAGCCUCAAAAACAAAAGCGCAAAAUAAACAGCAAAAACAAAAGCGCAAAAUUUAAUUCAUUCCGGAAGUCUGUUUGACUUCCGAAAUGUUUGAAAACCAAGGUGCAGCUUUUGAUUGGUGCAGGAGCCCCGGAAACAAUAGCUGACAGCUGAAUCAGAUGUCUGGCUUCUGAAAAACUGCGGAAAGAUGUCAAGUCCCACAGGGCCCUAGUAUCUUGCAAGAGAGUGUUCCACCAGGCUGGGGCCAGGGCCUUUUGCCAGGACUGAAAAGGCCCUGGCCCUGGUCGAGGCCAGUCUAACCUCCUUGGGGCCUGGGACCUCCAAGGUGUUAUUAUUUGCGGACCGUAAGGUCCUCCACUGGGGCAUACAAGGAGAGGCGGUCCCGUAUGUAUGUCCUUAGGCUGCAUAGGGCUUUAAAGGUUAAAACCAGCACCUUAAACCUGACCCUGUACUCCACUGGGAGCCAGUGCAGAUGGUGUAGCACUGGAUGAAUGUGAUUCCAUGGCAAGGACCCCGUAAGAAGACAUUCUGCACCCAUUGAAGUUUCUGGGUCAGCUUCACGGGCAGCCCCACGUUGAGCGAAAUACAAUAAUCGAGCCUGGAGGUGACUGUCACAUGGAUCACAGUGGCAAGAUCAGUGUGGGAGAGGUAAAGGACCAGCUGCUUAGCACGACAAAGGUGGAAAAAUGCCACCUUUGCUGUGGCUGCAACCUGCACCUCCAUAGAAAGAGAGGCAUCGAAUGUUAUUCCCAGACUCUUGACAGAAGGCGCUGGCACUAAUUGCACCCCUGCAAGAGAUGGGAGUUGGCCCCCAACCCCAUGUCGCCCCAACCCCAUGUCGCCCCAACCCAACCAGAGGACCUCUGUCUUUGAAGGAUUUAACUUCAACCGGCUCCCACACAGCCAUCUAGCCACAGCUUCCAAACAUCUGGUCAAUGUGUCUGGGGCUGAGUCAGGAUGGCCGUCCAUCAACAGAUAAAGUUGAGUGUCAUCAGAGUACUGAUGACAGCCCAACCCAAAACUCUGAACAAGCUGGGCAAGAGGGUGCAUAAAGAUGUUAAAUUUAAUUUCCCAUCCUCCAGUCCUUAUGCUUUAAGGGAAGUCCUUACAACUCUGGAGAUAAGCAAGCAAGGAAAAGAGAAGUUCCAAAUUACUUUGGUGCUUCUGUUUCCUUUUAUAUAUAUCCAUAAAGCUAGGUGUGUGUUUGGAAAUUCAGGUAAUAUAUUCAUUGCCAGUCUUGCUUCAUUUAGAUAUUACAGAUAAACGGUGCAUUAAACUGAUUUGUGAAAGUAGAAUAAACGUUAUCGUGGAGAUGAGCUCAUGAGGCCUUUGUUCAAAUUUCAUGAUGGUUCAAGGAGGGGAAAUGGGGAGAGGGGGCAAAAGAAAAAAGUGUGGCACCCACCCCUGGUUACCCCCAAGAAAGGACAGGAGAGAAAUUUUCUCUAAUUCAUCCUUUUUGAAAUAAUAACCAACCAAAACUCAUCCAUCCUUCAAAAUCUGCACUACUCCAAAUUUUACAAUACGGUUCUCCAACUGACUACAGUGGUACCUCAGGAUCCAUUCUGGAGCCCCGUUCGCAUCCUGAACAGAACAUAAGAAGUGACUGUGCGUGUCACAUUUUGCCGCUUCAGCGCAUGCGCGUGACAUCAUUUUGAGCGUCUGUGCAUGCACGAGCGGCGAAACCCAGAAGUAACAUGCUCCGUUACUUUCGGGUCUCCAUGGAGCGCAACCCGAAAAUACUUAUCCAGAAGCGUAUUUAUCCCGAGGUAUGACUGUAAUGUGUAAAAUAAAGAAAAGCAUAUACUAUGGUGAAGGGUGCACAGAGAUGUAUAUAUCAGUGAUAAUGACACAGUGUUGUGUUGAGGAACAUUGUUUUGUAAAACGGGAUAGAAAAGAAUGUGUAUAUUAGGAGAAAUCCACACUAAAAUGAUCGAUUUUCAUGAGGACUUUAAAAAAACAACAUUGCAAACUUAUGAAGAACUGACCUUAAGACUGGGAAAAUAAGAAACUGAGAGAAACCAAAACUGACAGAUUUGGUCAUACCUCCUCCCAAGGCAAAAGCAGAGAAAAUAAAACACAGCAUUAGUGCUGGCCACAUGCAAGAAUUUCUAAAUAGUGCAUAUCUCGCAUUUCUAGAUCUAGAUUUCCUUUUUCUGGAUCCCAUUUUUCUACCAAUAAUUAUCAUAUUUACAUUGAAAAAAUAUAUUCAGCAAUAUUUUCUUGACUAGAAAAGAUGUUGGCUAUUCAUAGGCAGAAAGGUCAUGUUUCCACAUUUUGGGAUCCCCCCUCUUUCUUCUGUCCCCAGCAAUGAUGAUGAAUUCUAUGAAACCAAACCAGAAGAGUUUGUGGGUGAUGUAGUGGAGACACAAAAGAAUGAAGACCCGGAAGGUGGUGAAAAGGAGGAGUAUGUUGAUGAUGAAAUGGACUCUGGAUCAGAACAUCCCAAUGGAAAUGAUGAGGAACAGCCUGCCACUGAAGAAUACACAUCCAAGGAAGCUGAUAGUCCACAACACAUGACCCAGAAAGCAUGUAUGUUCCAUAAUCCCACCUGUUCAUCAAUAGACAGACUUGGGGGCCUGCAAGAAGCACUUUGCGUAGUUCCCGUCUCACUUGGUGGUAAAGCUGGGUAGCACAACACCUCCCCUCUCACCAAGUUCAUGAGAGGGGAAGCAUUCCACAGAGCUGUGCCACCAGUUCCUCUCAGCUCGUAGGGACAGGGGAAACUUGUAGUAAAGCUGGGCAGCAGAACGCUGUGCCGCUCUGCCACCACAGAAGCCUCCCUUACAUGGGUUGCUUCUGUGGCAGUGAUGGGGCAGGAUGCUGGCAGGAGUGCUGCUGCUUUCAUUUCUGCCACCUGAGGCAGCUGCUUCACCUCAUCUCAUGGGUGGGCUGGCUUGGGCCCACCCUGUGCCAAAAGAUCCUCAGUCUGCUACAUUCAUAGCAGGGCACAUUUCAGCCAUCCCAGAGUCAGAGGUUUCUACACUACCACCCACAGAUCUCCCUCUAUUCUCCAUCCAUGGCAAGCAAGGGGCAUUAUGACAGUUCAGCAAGGCAAAGGAACUCAGUGUGGAUCAAUGAAGUGUUUGACCAAGGGGAUCUCAAGGGCCUGAUAGAGAGGCUUGGAGGGGCCUGAGUUUCUCCACCUUUGUUUUAGAUGCUCAAGCAAGCCAUUUUCAUUCAACCUCAUUUUCCUCCCGCCCCCAGUCUUCAACAUGCUCUAAACCAGUGGUCCCCAAUUGCCUAAGUACUGUGGACCCCCUGUUUUUCAAAAGCCAAGCCAUGGACCUCUACUUUUGAAAAUGUUGAUAUCUAUGUGUUGGUCUUCCAGGCCACGCUGCUGUGCAAAUCACAUGAUCUGUGUGACAGCACAGCACCCAAAAUUGUGUGUGGGUUGCAUGGACCCCCGGGGUCUAUGGACCACCAAUUGGGAACCACUGCCUUCAACAUUCCAUACAUCAUGUAGGGAAAUUUGUGUUCAAUCCUGGUUGCAUCAUUUCAAAUAAAUAUGUUUCUGCAGGCUUGGAAACUCCUCUCCAGGUAUUCAUUAAUCACUGCAUUGACUGACCACAUCUCUUUGCUCUGCUGAUAGGAAGGACCACCAAGAUGGCUGUUAUACAAAACAGGCGUAAGCUGAAACUAAAUGUUGUAGUGUUUUCCAAAAGAAGUGUGUUCCUGUUCAGAGCUUCUGCAAGCCUGAACCAACAGCCUUCUGAUGACGUUCAAGCUUCUUUGAAGUGGGAGGGGAGUUUCUCCAUCAAGGCACAGCCUCAUAGAGCUCACCUAUCUGUAAAGACUUAUUUCCCUAGUCAUGUUCCUAUGUUUUCUUAGUCCUAGAUUCCAUUUUUGGUGAGCUGCCUCCAAAGUCCUUGAUCAAGAUCAAACUUCUGUUUCCAAAGCCUCCACAUCCUCUACAAAGACCACAAACAAAGCCAUUGUUUUUCACUGAAGUAAGUGAACAAUGAUAUAUGUUCAAGAUUUGUGUGGUGAAUUUGUGGGAUCAGAGAUUUGCAAAGGAUCAAGGUAAAGGGACCCCUGACCAUUAAGUCCAGUUGUGGACAACUCUGAGGUUGCAGCGCUCAUCUUGCUUUACUGGCCGAGGGAGCCGGCGUACAGAUUCCAGGUCAUGUGGCCAGCAUGACUAAGCGGCUUCUGGUGAAACCAGAGCAGCACAUGGAAACACCGUUUACCUUCCCGCCAGAGAAGGUAACCUAUUUAUCUACUUGCACUUUGACGUGCUUUCGAACUGCUAGAUUGGCAGGAGCUGGGACUGAGCAACAGGAGCUCACCCCGUUGCAGGGAUUCAAACCACCAACCUUCUUUUCGGCAAGCCCUAGGCUCUGUGGUUUAACCCACAGUGCUACCCGCAAAAGAUAUAUAAGUACAAUUUUCAAACCCUUGGAGUUGCCCCUGUUUCAGAGUUUUAGCCUCCUUGUAUGAGAUCUGCAGGGGACACAGAUAAAUGAGAAACCAGAAGCAAGGAAGAAAGCUGUUUUAUUUUCAGAUGUGAGAUGAAAUUUUGCAUUGGAUUACGUACUUGUUUUAAACAAGUUUAAAGAAUUAUGUUAUGUAUAUGUUAUAAUUUAUUGCAACAGUGGGGCACCCAGGGCCAAUUUUGGCCUGCUAGGGGUUCCAGUUUUUGCAAACCACAUCUUCUUGUCAAUCAGCUGACACCUGAUCGGUAAUGGCAGCUAACGAGCAGGAAGGUGUGGUUCAAUUCUUUGUUGGCUGACAACAAUAGUUCCAUGUGCUGCAUGCAGCCAAUACAGCAGAUUUAACCCUAACACUCAUGAGCUAAUGAUUGGGCCCAGAGUGGCUUACAAAUCAAUAAAAAUAACAUACAGUGGUACCUUUGGUUACAGACGCUUCAGGUUACAGGCUCUGCUAACCCAGAAAUAGUACCUCGGGUUAAGAACUUUGCUUCAGGAUGAGAACAGAAAUCACACAACGAUGGCACGGUGCGAUUAGCUAAAGUGGUGCCUCCGGUUAAGAACAGUUUCAGGUUAAGAACGGACCUCCAGAACGAAUUAAGUUCUUAACCUGAGGUACCACUGUAGUCACAAAAGGAAAAGGAGAUGGGGAGGGCAGGAGUAGGAAGGUCAGCUGGCUUUUGUUUUCUGUAAGUAAACCUUGGUGUAAGAAUGUAUCGCAGCCUCUUUUCUUCUGUUGUUAAUUUUAAGGUUUCCAUCGCUGUUGAUGAAAGAAGACAGGAUACCACCUUGGAUGCUCUUAUAAAGGAUGAGAAACAAGAAAUUUUGAAAAAUCAUUAUGUCCGCAUUGGGGGCAUGCUGGUUAUGCCUGUAUCUGUAGAUGGUCCACUCUUCACUGAUGAGGAAAAGUGAUUGGGAGUCAAGAGACCACCUAGAAAAGAAAGAACUGCACAACUACAUCUUAGAUAAUAAAGUCAAAAAAG